CAUGGAGCGACGCAAAACCUAGAACCACCGACAGCUUCAAUAGCUCCAACCCUACGACAACCAGUCUUCCCUACGUCCACCACCAUGCCGGCUCCGUUACGGCCGGCGGGCGCCCUGCUCCGGCGACUGGGCAAACCGAAUGGCAGGCUUCUCCCGUUCUCAACAGCUUCUCGGGCAUCCAAUAGCGUCUUUCCUGGCGUUGCACCAACAAGCUCUGCUACACGAUGGAACUCGACCGCAUCCUCCUCGACUUCCUCCACAUCUUCGCCCAACUUCUCCUCCGUCAACCCCGAUGAGGUCUCCCACUUCAAUGCCCUCGCCGCCGACUGGUGGGAUACUAACGGCUCAUCUCGCCUCCUCCACCUCAUGAACCCCCUCCGCCACGACUUCAUCCGCGCAUGCCACCGCACCCAGGCCGACGCUUCCCCCUCCCGCGACCUCACCUACCUCGAUAUCGGCUGCGGCGGGGGAAUUUUCGCUGAAAGCGCCGCCCGCUUGCCGAGCACUCGAAGCGUCACCGCCAUCGACCCAACACCCUCCGUCCUCGCCAUCGCGAAGGCUCACGCCCGCAAGGAUCCUGCCUUGCGCAACAAGCUCCAAUACCGCCAGACAUCAAUUGAGCAACUCCCCGUGCCGACGGAGGAGGAGGCAUACGACAUCGUAUCACUAUUCGAGGUUAUUGAGCACGUCGAUGAGCCGGGUGCGGUUCUAGAGCGUGUGCGGCCGUUUGUCAAGCCUGGAGGAUGGCUGGUCAUGAGUACCAUUGCGCGUACAUGGGUGAGCUGGUUCACCACCAACUUCAUGGCCGAGGAUGUGCUGGGUAUCGUUCCCAAAGGGACGCAUGAUUGGAACAAAUACCUGAACGAGAACGAGCUGCGUGGAUUCCUAGAGGGUCAAGGCUGGAGCAGCCCGAUGGUGCAGGGCGUCGUCUACGUGCCAGGAUUGGGAUGGAAGGAGGUUCAAGGAAGCGAGAGAGUCGGAAACUAUUUUUUCGCUGUUCGCAAGGUUUGACCAUGAUCAGUGGUCUCUGUAUGAACGCAUUGAAGGUGGAGUUGUGUCAGAAACGAAACGAGAGAUGUCCAUCGAUGGGUCAGGUCGACUGUACUAUAAUGUAUCACCAUCCAUAUAGACGUGGAAAUGAAAGCCUAUAAUGCCAUCAUCUGGAGAAAAUCGAGGCGUUUUCAGAGCAUUGGGCGAGUCAGAAAUGGCGGCUGAAGAUGACAUGAACGAGAAGACUGAUCAGCGAGCUUUCUUCCUCUUACGAUCCCACAGGGCUGUUCCGCACCUGGACCCUGCUUGAGAAGCUUGGCCGCUCGUCAGUUAGAUGAACAGGCUGGUCCGAUAAUUAACC